CCGGAAACAAAGCGAUCCCAGGGUGACACAGCGGGAUAGAGUCAACGAGAACGAUUAUCUGACGAAGUGGUAUCCAUUAUUCUGUCCUCACGUUCCAAAUACUAGCUUUCGUACAACCGGGAGAGAGCGAGAAUGGCCACGUACAAAUUAAGGUGUAAUUUGUUAGGCCACAGCAAGGACGUAAGAGCAGUGGCCGGCACCCCAGAGGGCCAUAUACUCACUGCCUCCAGGGACAACACAGCCAGGCUUUGGGGUCCUGUCGAGAAUGGGAUACAUUAUGAACAGAAACAAGUGUACACAAGUCAUUCUGGCUAUGUAACCAGUGUUUGUGUUGUGCCUGGGGAUGCCACCCACCCCGAGGGCUUGGUAGUGACAGGAUCAAGAGACUCGACUAUUCUGGCCCAUUCAGUAUCUGGUGGUCAGCCGGUAUACACUCUGGCAGGGCAUUCCGAUACUGUUUCAAGCCUGGAGUGGAAGAAUGGCUUGUUGAUCUCAGGGUCUUGGGACCAUAGUGCUCGAGUAUGGAAGAACUGGGAAUGUGUUCAAGAACUGAAGGGCCACGAGGGUCCCUUAUGGUCUGUAGUGGGGGUACCGAGGACCGGUGGAGAUGCAGACCAACACCCAGUAUCUAUCCUGACAGCUUCAGCAGAUAAACUCAUCAAGUUGUGGGUAGAGGGCAAGGUAUGCAAAACAUUCUCUGGCCAUAAGGACUGUGUUCGUGGACUUGCUGUGCUGAACAAUGAAAGAUUUUUCUCUUGCUCAAAUGAUGCUUCUGUGAUAUUAUGGGCAAUCUCUGGAGAAUCACUUGCAACAUAUUAUGGCCACACAAAUUUUAUAUAUUCCAUAUGUGUUCUUGGAAAUGGAGGUUUUGUGACAGGAGGUGAAGACAGAACAUUACGAGUUUGGGGUUCAGAAGGAAACUGUAUCCAGACAAUCCAUGUUCCAGCACAAUCUGUAUGGGCAGUAGCUUCCCUCCCUAAUUCAGAUAUUAUUUGUGGGUCAAGUGAUGGAACCUGUAGAGUUUUUACCGCUGCAGCAGAGCGUCAGGCAGAUCCAUCUGAUCAAAAGGAAUUUGAAGAGAGUGUUGCUAAGUCAACUAUGGCUGUAGGAGACCUUGGUGGAGUUAAAAAAUCAGAACUACCAGGUAGAGAAGCUCUGUUUGCUCCUGGGAAACGUGAUGGUCAUACAAUAAUGGUACGGGAAGGUGAGAAAGUGAAUUGCUAUUCGUGGUCGGUGGCCAGUCAGCAGUGGACGCCUGUUGGUGAAGUUGUUGGAGGAGCAGGAGGAUCUCAGGGUACUUCAGGGAAAGUCUUGUAUGAGGGCAAAGAGUAUGACUUUGUCUUUGAUGUCGAGUUGGAUGAGGGAAAUCGCCUGAAACUACCAUACAAUUUGAGUGAGGAUCCAUAUUUUGCAGCUCAGCGCUUCAUACACAAACAUGAAUUACCUCAAGAGUUUCUUGACCAAGUAGCUACGUUCAUAAUCAAUAACACAAAGGGAAUGACUCUAGGAGUCGAAGGUAACAGUGAAAUGACUGACCCAUUUACUGGUGGUUCUCGAUAUGUGCCAGGAAACGCGUCAGGAUCAGGAGGAGGCUCAGAUCCUUUCACAGGUGGCAGUAGGUAUGUUCCAGCAACAGCAAGGCCCAGCACAGGAUCUGGUGCCAUGGUAGACCCCUUCACUGGAGCUUCAAGCUAUUCUACUCAAGGAUCUGCUUUCCCUACUUCUCAUUUCUUCCCACAAAGAAUACCUUUAAGGUUUGAAGCUUGUAAUGCUUCUGGAAUGACUGCAAAAUUAAUUGAAUCAAAUGAGAAAUUGACUCCUGAGGCUCAGUUAUCAAAAGAAAUGCUGGAAGGAUUAGUUGGAGCAGUGUCAGGAACAGGUGAUACCAACCCACAGCUCCUGGCUCCAUUAGAAAAAGCAUUACAGUGGCCAGCAGAACAUGUGUGGCCUGCUCUUGAUGUGCUGAGACUGGCUCUGCGUUCAGAACCAAUGCAGAAGGUGUGGUUAGCAGAUGAUAGAGGAGAUGCAUUAGUCAGUUUGCUUGUGACUCUAAUUCAUCCUCCUUCACCAACCACUGCACAGCUUUUGGCUCUUCGUUGUUUAGCCAACAUGGCAGCUCAUGAACCAGGGCGUUGUGUCUUGGCAAGGGCUAUGGCACAGGUUGUGUCUGGUACAGUUGGAAUAUCUCCCUAUCCUAAUAAGAAUAUAGAAAUUGCUGCUGCCACUGUUUUGCUUAAUUAUAGUGUCACUUUAAGCACUUUAGGUAAUAUUGAAGAUCAGUGUCAAAUUCUCAGUGGUGCCAGUGUGGUUGCCAUAUCUGCAAAGGAUCCUGAGGCACAGUUUAGGACCCUGGUAGCUUUGGGAACAUUACUGUGUCAAAGUGACAAGUGUCGCUCAUUUGCAGGCUCACUGGACCUAAAGCCAGUUGUACAGAGUCUAUCAAAUAUUACAAACCCAUCCAAGGUGGGAGAGUGUGCAGGUCAUGUGCUGCGAUUGCUUUAAUACAUAAUGACUGUGUAGUCUACUUUGAUAAAGGCCUUGAAAUUUAAGUGUGAAAAAUACAAGUUUUGAAUGUUUUAUGCAAUAUUGAUUUAUAAGUAUUUUGACGCAUUUAUUUUCAGUUAUUAGAAUGAUUUCCAUUUGUAAAUUGUUGAUUUUUCAGUGAGUGCAUGCACCGUAGACGCAGUUAUGUAAUAGUUUUAUUUCAUUUAUUUUUUUCUUUUACUGUAGUAUACACACACCACCCAUUGCAUGAGACAUUUGAAAUACUUUUCUGUGAGUUGAUAAUGGAAAAUAGAUAGUAUUAAAAUAUAAGAGGUAUUCUAAGUUAAUAUAUUCAUAAAUGAUACACUUUCUAAAUAAAGGUUAAUUGAAAAUGCUUUUGCAUAACCUGCAUUAAAACUUCCUUGUGGUUUAUGAAUUUGAUCUGACAAAUCUUAUUUAGAAGUCUUUUUCAAAUAGGCAUAUGAAUAUUUUUUGGAAAGAAACAAAGUGAUUAGAAUGGAGUCAUCUAUUCUUUGAACAGAAUGUUAGAUGGCAAAUCAAAGACAAAAUGGCACAAUCACUCUACAAAGAGAAUGUAACAAAAUGCCUGAUAUUCAGAGUAUGGAGACAUAAUGAUUGAUAUGGUUUCUGCACUGGUGGUGCUAAUGUUGCAGUUUAAAUAGUGCAAAAGAAGAAAUCCUACCAAGAUGUUCAGUGAAGUCCUUGAUAAAAUAAUCAAAUAUAAAUAGGUGUUCCUUUCUUGUAAUCUGUGUAAAGGGUUAGAGGGCAGGUUAAAACAAGGGAUGUCACUAUACGGUUAAAAGUCCAAUUAGAGGUGAAUAUUUAUUUUUCCCAGUUGGUGGA